AUGCACCCUAUGCACGUCUUUGGAGGAAAACACUGCUUGAAUUCAUCAGAAUCCUGUAAAAGUGGAACAUCGGUGCCAACAACAUGUAGAGAUUCGCAUAAAUUCCAAGAAAAGGAAUGCAGAGACCAAGUCUACAACGACAAAUACAUAAUGAACCUAACAGCAUCACCACCCCUCUGCAUCAACUGUGACAAUCCAGUAAAAGCGGCUGAUGAGAAGAUUCAAAUGAAUACCACUAUCGUAGCUGAAGGAGAAGAAAUUGAAGCAACCAAAGCUGUUCAACUCAUGUCUGAAAUGGGAAAUUUAAUCUCCAAAAUGAAUGGAACUUCAGCUGAACUGUCAGUAGGGAAAGGGGUUGAGGGAAUCAUAGUGAGACAAACCAAUCCUCAGGAACUGGAUGAAGUUUCCUUUGCUUAUCAGGAUCCAAAUGACAAACUCAAAAUUAUAGAAGACCGUGAGUAUCUUGAAGGAUUUUCGAGGUCUGUCUCCAUUCCCAGGGAGGCUUUUGAAAAGGCUUUCAGUUCAAACAUCACUUUACCCUUUGCAGCUGUUCUCAGGUUUAUGAAUUUGUCUCAGGAUGAAAGUAACAGUAGUGUACUAAAUAAUGAGGUUGUGGCCAUAGAGAUGGGCACUGAGAUCAAGAAUCUCACGGACACAAUAAGCAUCAACUUUAAUAUUUUGAAUGAAUCAAAAUUUAGAAAUUUAAAGAAAGAGUAUGAACCCAUCUGUCGGUCAUGGAAUGGUGAAGGAAGUAAACCCAACUGGACUGUAGAAGGAUGUACAACCAUCUUAGAUAAUGAUGGUGUUAGAUGCAGGUGUUCACAUCUCACCUUCUUUGCUGUCUUGCUGACUCCCCUUAAUCAAACCAUCUCCAGUCACGACCUUAACAUCCUCACUAUGAUCACGCAGGUCGGCUGCGGCUUUUCCAUUUUCUUCCUGGGCAUAAUCCUCUUCAUGUACUUCCUUAUAAGGAAGACCCAGGCUAGCACUGCCACACAAAUCCUCAUCCACUUGAUCUGUGCCUUGCUCCUGCUGAAUUUAACUUUCCUCGUCAAUCACUUUGUGGCAGACAUGAACAGUGAGGUGGGUUGUGAGGUGAUGGCAGCGGUGAUGCACUACUGUAUGUUGGCCACUUUCAGCUGGUUUGCUGCACAGGGUUUCCACCUCUGUCUGCAGCUGCACAAGGGAGGAAAUAUUACCAUAAGGCGCUACGUACUCAAAGUCUCCGUUUUCACCUGGACUCUGCCCGGUAUUUUGGUGAUUAUUCUGGGCAGCUUGAGAAAAUACGGUAAACAGACCAUCUACACUGAUGACCCUGACAACAACGUGGCAAUGUGCUGGAUAACGGACAAUGAUAUCCACUACGUUGUCAACAUUGGCUACUAUUCGCUGGUCUUCCUCUUCACCAUCACCACCGUCAUCAUCAUUCUGUCCUGGCUCUGUUGUCUCAAGAAAACCAAGGCAGCCAGCCCAAAGGAAAACAGAAGUGGCAGCAGGAUAGUGAUCAUCAUGGGUCUUUGUUUCCAGCUCGGGGUCACGUGGGGUUUUGCCUUCUUCGCCUACGGGGACUUUCGGAUGAUAGCCACCUACAUUUUCACAGUCCUCAACUCUUUCCAAGGUACUUUUUUAAAAUGA